AUGUGUUCCCAAUACGGACCCUUGAGGAACUCAUCGCAGCGUGGAAGACCGAUCGCUGUGUCUGUUGCCAACUCGUGUCUUCGCGUAGCGGCCACGCAGAAAGUUUCUAAGCCACCUUCUACAGUUCACCCCCGGAAUAUUGGCCGGCAAGCGACUGAGGACUCGAUGACCAAUGAACUCAAAGGCCUUGCUGGAGUCUACCAGCACCAACGGAGCCCGAUGGGGUCUGCAGUGGAGCUGGCUUCCAACACCGCUCUUCCUGGGAAGGUUCACUUGGAAUUAAUCGUUUCUGUUAUGCUCAAAUUCGUUUAUCAGGUGUGCCAGCUGCAUCGUCGUGGUACGCAUACUACGGCACGCAUACUGGUGCGGACGAGGCGUCCACAGCCAAAGCAGUCUCCUCAAUGCCAUUUUCUCAGCAACCUUACCCACGAUGGAAGGACAGCUGAUUGGUCGAUAUGA